GUUUCGGAUCCUGAGAGGAAGUGAAUGAUUCGCGUUUGCACUUGACGAAGGCAAAUCAUAUUGUUGGGAAAAUUAAGCGUGUAUCCACCGAAUUUCAGCCGUUAAAUGAGAUUAAACCGGUGGACGUACAUCUUCUGUCACGAUAUGGUUUAAAAGGAUAAUCGUUUUUGGACUCAAGACUUCGUUGCUUUGGAUCAACUUGCAUUCACAGGAGGUGGAGGAGGACACACUUUGCUAUUGUUCCAGCUUUCACACGAGCGUGUGCGUGUUUUUGUGUAUGUUUGUAUUAAAUUGCCAUUUGGCUUUAUGGCUACGAAUUUUGAACCCAUUUACGGACUCUCAGAGGAUGAAAAUGAAUCUCGUAUUCUUCGUGUCAAGGUCAUUGCUGGCAUUGAUCUGGCGAAGAAGGACAUCAUUGGUGCCAGUGAUCCAUACGUCAAACUCUCCCUGUAUGUCACUGAUGAAAACCGCGAACUUGCCUUAGUACAAACGAAAACCAUCAAAAAGACUCUCAAUCCCAAAUGGAAUGAGGAAUUCUAUUUCAGAGUCUGCCCACAGAACCACAGGCUUCUUUUUGAGGUGUUUGAUGAAAACCGCCUGACCAGAGAUGACUUCCUUGGGCAGGUGGAUGUGCCUCUUACCCAUUUACCGACAGAGGACCCUGCGAUGGAGCGGCCGUACACGUUUAAAGACUUUCUCCUGCGUCCAAGAAGCCAUAAGUCUCGGGUGAAAGGCUACUUGAGGCUGAAGAUGGCCUAUCUGCCAAAAAACGGAGGACAUGAGGAAGAAAGCAGUGAGAUGAGAGAAGAAGCUGAGGGCUGGGAAGUGACAGACUCCACGGAUCCAGGUUCACAGAGACCUCAGCAGCUCCUGCCUCCGCUGCCUCCGGGCUGGGAAGAGAAGGUGGAUAACCUGGGACGGACAUACUACGUCAACCACAACAACCGCACCACACAGUGGAAGAGGCCCAGUAGUGUGGAUGUGGUUUCAGAAACGGAAAAUGAUAAUCACUUGCGGCAGAUUAACCAGGAAGCCCACAGAGUUUUCCGCUCUCGACGUCACAUUAGCGAAGACCUGGAAAACGAGCAGCUGGACAUCAGGGACAUAGACGACUCAUGGGAACCCAUAUCAGAGGAGGACCCAACUUUAAUGACGGACAGUCUGAACCAUUCUCUGUCUGGACCGGCCUCUCUGGCAAUGCCCCUCCCUAGCACUCCAGAAUUCUCAGAUGAAAUCAGCCUUCGAUUGUCUCUUGCUCCAGACACGAACGGAGAAAUCCCAGGACCCAGCUCUGCUGUGCAGAGUCAUCUUUCCUCUCGGCUACGCUCCUCUAGUAUGACCGAUGGAGUCAGUGAUCAAGCUCAACCUCCCACACCAACGAGCUCCCAGACCCGACGAACAAGAGCACAAACGGUCACAGGCGUUGAGGACACCAUGUCUCCAUCGGCCUCCUACGCCCUGACCACACCAGGCCUUCCGCCAGGCUGGGAGGAGCGCAAAGACAACAAGGGACGAAUGUACUACGUCAACCACAACAACCGUAGCACCACCUGGACGAGGCCCAUUCUGCAGCAGCACACUGAAGAUGGAGCCAGUACCUCAGCUGCGGCAGUAGGGGGCGCUACAGCAACCACGCCCCCCGCUUCCACCCCUUCCUCCUCCAGCGGCCAUCUAAGCGAACCUCAAGUGCGCAGACCCCGUAGCCUCAGUUCCCCUACCGUCACUCUCUCUUCCCCGCUAGAGGGAGCCAAUAAUGCCCAGAUACGGCGAGCCGUAAAGGACACGUUUUCCAACCCUCAGUCCCCGCAGCCUUCUCCCUACAGCUCACCCAAAUCCCAGCAUAAAGCAAACCAGAGCUUCCUGCCCCCUGGAUGGGAAAUGAGAAUAGCACCCAAUGGACGGCCGUUCUUCAUCGACCACAACAGCAGAAUCACCACAUGGGAAGAUCCUCGCUUAAAGUAUCCCGUUCACAUGAGGACAAAAGCAUCCCUGGACCCUGGCGACCUCGGCCCACUUCCUGUGAGUGCAAAAAGAGUGCCGUUGAGCAAUAUUACCCACAAUCCGAGCUCUUUCAACAGCCUGAACUCCAUGUGGCAACACACCAAAAAAACACAGUGGGAAGACCCUCGCCUCCAGAGUCCUGCCAUAACUGGACCUGCGGUGCCAUAUUCCAGAGAAUUCAAGCAGAAGUAUGAUUACUUCAGAAAGAAGUUAAAGAAGCCGGCAGAUAUUCCAAACCGUUUCGAGAUGAAGCUGCACAGGAAUAACAUCUUUGAGGAGUCGUACAGACGAAUCAUGUCCCUGAAGAAACCCGACAGUCUGAAGGCCCGUCUGUGGAUCGAGUUUGAAUCGGAGAAAGGCCUGGACUAUGGGGGCGUGGCCAGAGAAUGGUUCUUCCUGCUCUCCAAGGAGAUGUUUAACCCUUAUUAUGGGCUGUUUGAGUACUCGGCCACAGAUAACUACACCCUUCAGAUCAAUCCAAACUCUGGCCUCUGUAAUGAGGAUCACCUCUCAUACUUCAAGUUCAUCGGUCGGGUGGCUGGCAUGGCUGUGUAUCACGGAAAGCUGUUAGACGGUUUCUUCAUUCGACCAUUCUAUAAAAUGAUGCUGGGCAAACAGAUCACACUGAAUGAUAUGGAGUCAGUGGACAGUGAAUACUACAACUCUCUCAAGUGGAUUCUGGAAAACGACCCCACAGAACUGGACUUGCGGUUCUGCAUUGAUGAGGACAACUUUGGACAGACAUAUCAGGUGGAUUUGAAGCCAAGCGGAUCAGACAUGGUUGUAACCAAUGACAACAAAAAAGAAUACAUAGACCUGGUGAUUCAGUGGCGGUUUGUGAACCGGGUUCAGAAACAGAUGAACGCCUUUUUGGAGGGCUUCACUGAACUCAUUCCCAUUGACUUGAUAAAGAUUUUUGACGAAAACGAACUGGAGCUGCUGAUGUGUGGUCUGGGAGACGUGGACGUCAAUGACUGGAGGCAGCACACCAUCUAUAAGAACGGCUACUGUCCUAAUCACCCUGUGAUCCAGUGGUUCUGGAAGGCUGUCUUGUUAAUGGAUGCCGAAAAGCGGAUUAGACUUUUGCAGUUCGUCACUGGAACAUCCAGAGUGCCAAUGAACGGCUUUGCUGAACUCUACGGUUCCAAUGGGCCGCAGUUGUUUACUAUCGAGCAGUGGGGGACACCUGACAAACUCCCUCGUGCUCACACCUGCUUUAAUCGCCUGGACCUCCCGACGUACGAGUCAUUUGAAGACCUGCGAGAGAAGCUUCUGAUGGCGGUGGAAAACGCCCAAGGCUUCGAGGGCGUCGACUAAAGAAAUCCCUUUAUAUCCAUGCGAUCUCCUAACGCAACCGAUGAGCAAAGACAUGUACAACACACUCGCACACACAUCUAUACUCACAUAUACACACUCUUGAGUUGCCAUUGUACAGCCAGAUCCCAGCAGUCGCAGGUGUGUGAUGUCAGCACAGUAUAUGCAUGUAAUCUGUCUAGCUGGAACGACAUUGGCUGUGAACCCGUUUUGAUGCCAAACAGCCCACAAAUCCCACAAAUCAUGCUCUCUAAUAACACGUUUUAUUUCAAAAUCCAGCUCUGAGGCCGUGACGACUUUUAUUUUGAUAGUAAAUAAGAAACUUCAGUAUUUGGGUGUGGCCUCAGAGUGGGCGUGGCCUUGAUAUACCACCGCAACCAAUCCCAUUAAUUCCACAAACAUAAUAUAAGUUCAGUGAAGAGGCAACUCUCUUAUCAGGUCUUACUAACACCAGAUUACCUUAGGAAUCACAGCCAGGAUGAAGGACACAUCCUCAUCCUCCCUUAUCCCGCAAAGUACGCCAAGUUUCCCGUUCCUUCGUCGAGGAUUAUUUUUUUAUCUUCUUUUGCAACGCCAAGAAGCAACGGGAAUUGUUUUUAAUAGUUUAUUAUUAUCGCUGUUAUUAUCAUUCUUACAGAGUAAACGGAUUAUUUGUACCAACAAUGUGGUUUACUAUUUUAAACAACAUUAUCGGAAAUGCAUUAGUGGCCUGGCUAUAUUCAAUUCAAUAUCCAUAUCAUUGUGGGUUAAAAAAGAAAAGAAAAAACAAACAAAAAAAUGAUCAACAUGAUUAUUGUAUUGCUAUGAAAACUGGCAUGAACAUGUAUCUUGUGUUUCAAUAUGAUUACGUAGUAAUUAUAAAGCUAUUCUUCUUCUUGGUUGAGAGCAAAGAUGGAAAACGUCGACAUGCAUCGGACAUGAGUUUGUCGGAGAGGGUUUUCUUCAAUUGUAAUAAGUAUUGUUCUUAUCUUUAUUAUGAUUAUACCUGUUCAUAAUACUGUAAAUGAGUUUGUUUUGGGGGAAAGACACGAUUGGACUUUUAUUGUACGUGUUAAAUCUGUUUGAAGUAUUAAAGAGCGACACAGAGUGAAGCUAUCUUAAAAGCGCUGUGAUUCAACACUGCAAGUCUCGUAGACUUUCAGGACAUAAACUUUUUCUUUCUUUGUUUUUUCUUGUUUCUUCUAACACCACUGUACCUAAAAGGGCACUUUAUUGAUCACACACUAGGGUCAUAUCUCCUGUUUUUUUUUUUUUGAACUUGAAUGUGAUUAUCUAUUUUGUUCUUUUAAAAGCACUCGGUUCCUUGGUGCAAUAUCUCUUGUUUAUAAUCGGCCUGCUGCUAACAUAUCAGAUCACAGCUCGGCCCUACAGCUGAUCUGGAGUCAGUCUGGUUCGUCAGUGUGAAUCCGGAUUGGCUCUGUAGGAACGAGCUCCACCUGGAGUCAGACUUCAGACUGGUUCUUUUUCUAUUUUCUUUUCCAGUCUUUUAUCUGUACGCCUCCCCACUCACACUUUUCGGGCCGCUGUGGCUCUGUAGGUUUGUGAUAAUAUUAUGAUUAUUGUUAUAAAUUACCCUUUCACUUUUGUAGGGGCAGUUCUUUUUUUUUUUAUUGAAGAGGAACAUUUACUGUCUGGUUCCUGCUCACCACAAGACCUUGCGAUUCGUAUAACUUUGUUUGAAAUAAACUGAUAAAUGGA